GUGUCUCUACCAGCUUCGGGUCAAAGAGACGACUUCCUUUUGAACAUCUGCUAUUUUUGUUGCAUUGCUCAAAUGUCACAAUCCGUAAAUACGCUCAGCGUUUCGGCGCUGUCCCUUUAACCCGAAGACUGGACUCUGUCACGGUGGUUCGUCACAUCACAUCAGUACGAAAUAAGACUGCGUGGACAUCGCUGGCCACUCCACUGGGCAACGAACCUCGCGCGUAUCUGCGCACUCGACCUUUUUACGAUGAGCGGCGAGACCGUUACGGUCGCCUGGCUCCCUGAAGAUGCGCUGGAUGUAGUGGAACCAUGAUUGCGUGUGUGAGAGAGGGUGUAUGAGUGUAGUGAUUGAACAGGAUGGGGAAAGAACAGGAACUCUUACAAGCGGUGAAGACGGAGGACCUGGUUACCGUCCACCGGCUCCUGCAGAGACCAAAACAGGGCAAAGCGAAGCUCCUGGGUGCUGCUAAGAAGGUGAAUGUGAACUUCCAGGACACAGAUGGGUUGUCUGCCCUGCAUCAUGCUGCUCUUAAUGGUAACGUGGAGCUAAUCGCACUGUUGAUAGAGUCGCAAGCCGUUGUGGACAUCAAAGACCAAAAAGGGAUGCGGCCAUUACACUAUGCUGCUUGGCAGGGCAAGUGUGAGCCAAUGAAAAUGCUGCUCAAGUCGGGAUCAUCAGUCAACAGCCAAUCAGAUGAGGGACAGAUCCCUUUACACCUCUCAUCUCAACACGGCCAUUAUGAAGGAAGUGAGAUGCUGCUCCAACAUCAAUCAAACCCAUGCCUCAGAGACCACGCUGGGAAAACCCCUCUUGACUUGGCCUGUGAAUUUGGACGAGUCACGGUGGUGCAGUUGCUCCUUAGCAGUAACAUGUGUGCUGCUAUGUUAGAACCGAAACCUUCCGAUACCAAUGGCAUCAGCUCACUCCACUUAGCUGCCAAGAAUGGACAUAUCGAGAUCAUCAAGUUGCUGAUCCAGGCUGGUAUAGAUAUAAACAGACAGACUAAAUCGGGCACAGCGCUGCAUGAAGCUGCUCUCUGCGGGAAAACUGAGGCAGUGCGACUGCUGCUGGAUAGUGGUAUCAGUGCAGGGGUGAGGAACACAUACUCUCAGACAGCACUGGACAUUGUAAACCAGUUCACCACGACCCAAGCCAGCAAGGAAAUCAAACAGAUGCUGAGAGAUGCAUCAGCUGCCAUGCAAGUGAGGGCUCUUAAGGAUUAUUGCAACAAUUAUGACCUUACAAGCCUCAACAUUAAAACAGGCGAUAUCAUCACGGUCUUGGAGCAGCAUUCUGAUGGUCAAUGGAAGGGCUGUAUCCAUGACAACCGUACAGGAAAUGACCGUGUGGGGUACUUUCCGUCCAACAUGGUGGAAGUCAUCAAAAGGGCAGGCUCUAGAGGAUCUGUUUCCAGCCCUCAUGGUUCACCAACCCUCAGCGGCCAGCAGAGCGGUGCCAACGAGGACAUUUGGGUGCUGAGGAAACCUUUAGCAGCUGUGGGCAGUGUUGGCAGCAUGGGCAGCACAGGCAGUCUUACCAGUGGACGUUCGUCUACUAGUGUUCAAAGCAGUAAUGCCAAUGCUCACCUUGCCAACUCACCUGUGCCUGUGCCGACCACCCCAACACACUCACCUGGAAUUAACCCACACGGCCUCAAUGUGCCGGGACUGCACGCUCAAGCAGAGGGUGUGAAGCUGUUGGCCACAGUGCUGUCCCAAUCAGCCAAAGCAAAAGAACAUCUUAUGGACCAAUCACAAUCUGUAGAUCCUAUUUCAGGGUCUUCCCAGCGCACUCAGAGUGCAUCUGUUCUCCCUCGUCAGCAGAGGAAAAAACCCUUUGUGGAUCCAUUGCUACAGAGGAAAGACGAAGCUUCAGCUGAAAGCAAGACCUCGGAGGCUGUUGUUGAAUGGCUCACAAGUGCUCAACUGCAGUUCUACACAACAAACUUUCUCACUGCUGGUUAUGACCUACAAACCAUUAGCAGAAUUACACCAGAGGACCUCACAGCAAUUGGAGUGACAAAGCCAGGGCACAGGAAGAAAAUGUUAACUGAAAUCAGCAAAAUUAACAUCCCAGACUGGAUACCUCAAGAGAAACCUGCCAGUCUGGCUGAGUGGCUGUCUGCGAUUGGUCUGAAUCAAUACUAUCAGACUCUGGUUCAGAACGGUUAUGACAAUAUGGACUUCAUUAGUGAUAUUACUUUGGAGGACCUAAAGGAGAUUGGCAUCACUAAACUAGGACACCAGAAGAAGUUGAUGUUAGCUGUCAAACGACUGAGUGAACCCCCACCAGAAGCGGACAUUCCCAGCAAGGAGAGCCAGUCAGAAGAAAGCAAAGACUCAAAACAAUCAUUAGAAACCAGUGUGACCAGCACCGAACCAGAUGUGAACUCUGCCUCCUCUGUUAGAAUACGCAAAAGAUCGGAGGGGCAAGGCUCUCCCCGACACAGCACCCAAGGGCGUGGCAUACAAAGAGCUAAUGUCCCUCCCCCUCUGAAAAAGCCAAGCUCAAUCGAGAGCCCCAACCAAACACCUCCUCACACCCCUACAAAAGGCAGAACCUCCUCUUCUGCUUCAAGUUCCCCUUCACACACCCCUUCCUCCCCACUGAAAAUGCAGAGCAGGGGCUCUUGCGACUCGCCGCGUUCACACGCUAACGCCCGUACUGUCCCAUUACUUUGCCUACCGCCUAAAGGAGACACCGAAGAGGGCAACGGUCAAACGUCUACACCAUCAAGGCAUGGAAGGUCCAUUGAUGCUGAUCAUGAGUUACCCUUGCCUGAUUACUCUGUGAAAUAUGCCACACUAGGUGGACAUACAGUUACUUCCAGUAGUUCUGCAAAAAUCAAGGGAGAAUCCCUUGACAUCAACAGUGUCAAUCGCAGUCAGUCGUUUGCCACAGCUCGGCCUCGAAGAAGGAUUCGUCCCCCAACUCCGCCCAAACGCUCCUGCUCUUCUAUAUCCACGGGUAACCUGGCUGAUGAGGCUGUGGCAGAUGAUUUAAGGUCUAACAGGGCUAACAGUUUGCUACUCAAUGUGACAUACAGGGAGCGAAGGCGUAGCGACUGUGGCAUUGCCUCUGAAAAAACUUCAUCUGGGGGCAGCGUUAGAGACAUUGCAGCCAUGCUUGAAAUGUCCAAUCUUGGGAGCUGUGGUAAGGGAAGUGGCAGUACUUAUUUGCAGGCGAACCAAAACCUACUGCGGCAGAACCGUGACGCUUUGAGUUCAGAUGAAGACUGUCGUCGCCGCACAAUCAGUGGACCAGUACCUGGAUUUUCAGACUCUCAGAAGCAGCCUGAUGAAUGUGUGCAAGAAGCUGAGAUUCCUUUGCAUCAUAGAACAGCUCAUCAAGAAAACCCCUUAAAUAAACAGGUCCCCGAGCCACGUCCACGUUCCAUGAUCAGUCAUCUUGACGGGGGCAUUUCUUCUCUGCCACAGGAGAUGUGGUCACGGAUGGAUGCCACAGCAACUUUGAGAAGACCACGCCCACCACAUCACUCUGAUGGUGAAAAUUUUAACCUGACAGAAAGUGGUACGAUAAAGCGAAGGCCUAAAGCAUUAGCUCCACCACAAAGUAAUGGAACAAAUGAAGGUGGGCUAGAGAAUGCUCGGAGAAGGCCUAUAUCAGAAGCUUGUGUUGGUGAUGGUGGUAGAGAGGAAGUACCAGAUAACUUUGACUCUCUUCUCCGACAAAUACCGAAACCCUCAAUUUCACUCAAACCAGCAAUGGCCCUUCAAAAAGCAGACCUCCCAACCCCUACAAAGAGGGAUCCCUUACCAGGGCCAGAAGGUCAACAUAGUCCAGUGGAAGUUAAGAAAAUCCCUCCUCCAGUAUCUCCCAAGCCAAGUCCACCUCCUACACUGCCUAAACCAGUAAAAAUCAAGCCGAUCCUUCCCAUCGGAAAUACCAGCUCCCCUCACGCAGACGCUCUCAGCCCAUCCAGUGCCUCCUUCAGCCCUGCUUUAGCUGAACUCCAAGUGGAGUAUCCACCACAGACUCUGAGUCCAGUUACCCCAAAACCAACAGAGGGGAGCACACUUUCCACACGAGCAGCAAUUUCUCCUGCCCAGAGCCCUCAGACACCCCAAACGCCUCAAACCCCUCAAACACCGUCUACACCAGGGUCAGGCUCAGCUCCAGUGAAGCCCCCAAGAUCCUCCAUGGCUGGUCUCUCAGUGGACAUCCCUAGUCCUCUGGAAGUUGAACUUCCUGGAGUGGAUGUUGUGCAAAAGAGACUGAGAGAAGUAGAGAAGCAGAGAGAGGAAGAGGAAAUAAGGAAUCAAGACAAGACGGAGAGGAUGGGUCUCAUCCAGGUGGAUCCAGCGUAUGAAGGAGAACAAGGCUGCAUUUCAGGGUUCUCUGGAGAAAGUCAUGUCACAGAGAGAGGGGAGGGGGCGGGGCCUGUGGUUAUGAGGAGAAGGAAGGUAGGUGUUGCCAGACAGACACAAGUAGAGGGCGAAUCACUAGAUGGAGAUGGAAAGACAGCGGUGGGAAGCCAAGGGUUAUUGAAGAUUGCUGAAACAGGGGGCGUGAAACAACUCAGACUGGAUGAAACCAGCGCUUCCCUGGCUGCUGCUCUGGAAGUAGUCGAGGAGAAGAUUAAAAAGGAGGACAGCACUGUUGUGGAGAACAAGAGCACAGUCAAUAUCCUGGAUGACAUCGGCAGCAUGUUCGAUGAUCUUGCUGACCAGCUGGAGGCCAUGUUAGAUUAAAAAUCACAAAGAUCAGAGAUUACAUUGGGAUUUCAAAAUGCUGAAUCUUCAAGUUUCUCAGCGAGGAUAAGCAAAACCUACUUCGCACGUACUGGAUGAUUAUGCCACAUAGCAGGAACUAAAGUGUGGUCAGAAUGCAGGUAAUGGAACGUCAAUGAAAUACAAAUUUGUCCAAUUAAAACAAGGAUAUCUAAAUGCUGAAUUUCUAACGCCAGAGAUCUACAUUUGAACGGAAAUCUCUCAUUUUACUGGAACAUCUGUAACCCCUUCAUUCUCCACCAGCCUUUCGUCUUACUCUAGUGACCAGAAUAGGUACUGCUAGUAUAAAUUGCUGGUAUAUAUCCAAACCUGUAGAUACAGCCUGCAAACAUGCUGCUUCCAGAGAUAAGCACAAUUUAAAGAGAGACUAUAUAACAAGCUUUCUAAAUGUAAUUUAAGCAGAAAAAUGCUAAUAUGUGAGAAUGUGUGUACCAUAUGCAGUGUGAGAAUAUUGAUGAAUAUGACAAAUAUUUAUUUAGAUGGUUGUGCAAAAAGCACUGAAAGGCAGGCACAUAAUGUGCUCAUUUAUGAUGUUGGGAAGUUUAAAGAUUUAUUAUUAUUUUUGAUUGUCCACAUCUCUGGAGCUGGAGUCUUAUUUUAAAGGGGAAUUUUACAUUUCACCUUAUUGUCUUCAGCUGGACAAGUUAGUGAAAAACUCUUGGUUUGGACUGAAUAAAUAUGAAGAGCACAGCCCAAUUUACAGUAUGACCCUGAAAAUUUUCUCAACUUUUUGGACUGCUUUGUCCACUGUCAAUGUUUCUUAGUUCCUUAAAGAACUGUAAUGAAGAAAAGCUUUGAAACUUAAAGAGGUAUAUUGUAAUCUUCAUGUAUGUCAUUACUGUUGUUGUUGUUGUUGUUGUUGUUGUUGUUGUUGUUGUCAGUGUGUGUGUGAAUGUUUGACUGUGUAGUGAAGUUUUUGCAUUGACAAAUCCUACCCUGCAGAAGGUGUAAUACAUAGAAAUAGACAGAAUACAGAAUAAGAUGCUGAAAAGAAUAGUGUAUAUAUGACAUAUAGGUUUUACAGUAGUUAUCAUUGAUAGAAUAGAGUACGGAAUGCAUCAAUAUGGAAUGCUACAGACACCUGCUCAUUCCCAAACAAUAUGUUCUAAUAGUAUCAGUGUUUAUGUACUGUAUGUGUGUGUGCUUGUGUGUGUUGGGGGAUCUGUUUGAGAGACAGAUCUAGGGAGUGUGUGUUUAAAAUUAUGGAGACAGUAUGUUUGUCUUCUCUUACAAAAAUGUACCAUGGUAUUACCAUGUUUUUACGAACAUGUUGAACGAUUUUUGGACCUUUGGAGCGUACCAUGUAAAUUCCAUGGUAAUCAUACAGUACCAUGUUUUAUAUAAAAUAUAAAGAUGUACCACCAUAGUACUUUUUUGUAAGGGCUGAAUGUGUAUUGACCUAUUGGACAGUGCAAUUACUCCUGUCACUGCAAACAAAAAUGAUUUACUGACAAGAAGUUGCAUAUUCUAUAAUUGUCUAUAAUUUGAUCAUUUAAGAUUAUGUCAUCGCAAGAUGUUUAAGACUACAGAGCAAUAUUUUUAUCCAUGCACCAUGUUAUUAAUUUAGCUUUAUAAGUGAAACUUUAAAACCAGCCAUCUCAGCAGAAGUGAACAUUUCCGACAAUCAUGACAAUGUUGUCUUUGAUUCUGACCCUGCACAGUCAAUGGAAUAGAUGUUGGAGUAUAAACUUUUACAGUUUAAAAAAAAAAAAUGGUGUAAUAAUCCAGUUGUUUUUUUGUGUGAACCUUCAGCUGGCUAAUGUGUUUGUCUGAUCCUGGUGAAAUUAUCAUCAAAGACCUCUUCCAUGUAAAGAGCAUUAAGAAUAUGUGGAAUUAGCAUAAAUAAAUUGUUAUGAAUACAACCUCAGGGGCUGUUGAGAGUUUGGACAAGCACUUUUUUUUUUUUUGUUAGAGUCACAUGAAGGGAUGUUUUAUAUUAUUUUACAUUUUCUGA